AUGUUUUGAAAUCAAAUGAAAUUAAAGGGAUGGCAAUUGUUACUUAUCUUUUUGUGUAUUUUGCAGAUUUCACACCCUCCAGAAGAGGGCCACUCAGGAGUAAUGCCAUUCCUGGAGGUGUGGGCAAAGAGCAUGUGUCGGCCCAUUGAGCAGCUGGUGGAUGUGGAGCAGGAGUACCCUGGAGAAGUGGAGUAUAUCUACAUACCUGCUUGUGUCCCACUUUGGCGAUGCUCUGGUUGCUGUGCGGAUGAGAACUUAGUGUGCCAGCCUACCCUUGAACGCAACAUCACUCUGCAGGUGAAGAGGAUUCGUCCUAUGAUAUCUAUGCACGAAGUGGAACUCACAUUUGUGGAGCAUCACACAUGUGAAUGCAGACUCCGUCAGAAACGUCUAAAUAAUAAAAGCAGCGCUGAGUCUAUCAAGGACAGACCUCAGAGGAGGAAACAGAAGAAGACAGCAAACGGCUGUGGCAAGUGCCAGUUCCCUCAAAACAAGAUAAACCUUCACUGAUUCCCACAUCUGUCCAAAGUUUAAUCGGAUGAGUGACUUUGGAGUGACAAACAACUGCAUAUCUGUGAACUGAUCAUAUGUGACUAUUCAUCCUCUGUCUGCAUAUAUCUUUCCUAAUCUGUGCAUCCAUCAGACUUUCUAUCUUGCCCGAGGCAUUCUUUAGUUGUUUGAUUAAUUAUCACAGCAAACAACCACAUCUGCAGACUCCUCUCCACUCUAACUGCUUUUAAAUGAACCAACAUGACAAUUUAGAAUUUUAAAAUCUAGAUGCUUUUGUGUGAGGUUUUAAAAAUAGACAUAGUAUGUAUUAAGGAUAGGCAGCAGGAGAUAGCAGGUGGAAUGCUGCAAGCUUAUCAGUUGCCAGGGGAAAGGAUUAAAGCCUUCAUCCACCUUUAAGUGUUCAUGAUUCUCUGUCAGAUCAAUGGCAACAUUAACAGAGAGGCCAGGGACCUUCUCCACGACUUCUUGUUCAUUCACUUUUUGCAUAUUGACUCCUGUUUAUAAUUGCUGUGACACAAAUUCUGUAGGCCUACUGUUGCACGGCUACAGAUACUGAAAAAAAGAAAUCAUGUAGCCUAUGUGAAUUUCUGUAAGGUGUAAUUUCCUCUGCCUAAUUAUGAGACAUGAUAAGUUGAUUAAAUAAAAUCCACUCCAAGUACAA